AAAACAAAGACAGGCAGCUACUGCAGAGGUAUAAUAUAAACAGAGUGCAAUGCCCAGUAGUCUUCUCUUUGCCACCAGCAGUGAGGGCCGUGUGCAUACACUAUCCACCAGCUCCACAGGAUGGCGAGAAUUCCCCUAUCUGGGCUUGGAGUUCAAAAAAAUCAACGCCGUGCCCAACUACAUGUGGGCCAUUGGGGGCGACAGGCAGGUGUAUGUGCAUGUGCAUGGCCUGGACGUGCCCAUACGCGUUAAGGAGGAGUCGUAUGAGAACGAGCGCUGGCUACCUAUUGAGGGAUUCUCAAAGACGCUGCUCCCCACCGAUCGCUACAAGUACUCUAGCGUUGAUGGCAGCAUUGAACGCAGUGUGGACAAAAUACGCCUGCCUUCCAUGGCUUGGCAGUGGGACGGUGAUUGGCACCUGGAUCUCGAGUUGGACGGACAGCAGUUGGCCGAAGACGGCUGGAUGUACGCUUUGGACUUUCCUGCCACCUAUUCGGCAAAGAAGUCGUGGAACUCGUAUGUGCGGAGACGCAAAUGGAUACGCUAUCGUCGCUACGCUGCUCUGAACAGUUGGUGUGCUGUAGCGCCGCUGCACAAGGAUCCUACUCAGGAACCCUUUAUUGAUGUGGCAAUAGGCGGAACACAGGUGCCCAAUGCUCGCGCCGGCACGCUUUGCGUCUGGGCCAUAACCGCACAUGGUCGUGCUAUGUUUCGCAGCGGCGUUACGGCAUAUUCUCCCGAGGGCUUGGCUUGGACUGCAAUUAAUACGCCAACUGGCAGCGAGCUGGCACAGAUUAGCGUCGGUCCUACAGGUCUUAUUUGGGCUGUGCUCUACAAUGGCCGUGUUAUAGUGCGCACAGGUGUCACACGCGACAAUCUGGCUGGUGAAGCGUGGCUGGAUGUGAAGACACCAGUAGCAGUAAAUGGACAGACCGAUACGCCACGUGGCUUACGCAUCUUGCAAGUUUCCGUAGGCACAGACGCCGUCUGGUGCAUUACCAAUGAUAAUCACGCCUGGUUUCGACGAGGCAUCAAAGGCGCUGCUGCUGGUAUUAGCGAGGAUGCGGCUAUUGGAAAAGGUUGGGUAGAAAUGGUGGGCAACCUAUCAAUGAUCUCUGUGGCGCCCAACGAUCAGGUAUUUGCUGUUGGAGCUGCCGACCGUGCCAUCUACUACAGAUCCGGCGCUAGUGCUGCCGAUCCCACUGGCAAAAAGUGGCUUAAGAUACAGUGCCCAAUGCAAAUCAGCCGCUCUUCUAGUUCCUUGUCCAUAGUAUCGCGCAAAAGUGGUGGCAGCAGUUCCACGCCUGGUUCCAAGCAUCAGAGCUUCUCAAAUUUGUACUCAAAAGAAAAGGAGAAGGGCGUUGUGGAAACAUGCGCCCUUAUCGAAACAGUCACUACGCACAGUAGCUCAUCCUCCAAUAAUGGCCUAAACAGUCGGCUCAAAAACGAGCGUUGGAAACUCAGCGCCGAUUCGCCGCCGACCAUUGGCAGUCUAAACUUGAACGAGCGCCACAAGCAACGGUCCACGGUGCUGCGAGAGACUUCCGCGCAUGCAUCGAGUGCGCCGGCUGCUGAUAUUGCCGAGAUUACCGGUAAGUUUGAGACGCAGCUGAAGAAUCCACGUGCCUGGUCUCCAGUGCGCAGUGUGGGCUCAGUUGUGGGCAUGGAGGCGCAUCCGGAGAGCGAUUCAGCUGUGUUUGAGUCGGAGUCAGCGCAUGGCUCUGAUGCUUUUUUGGGCGAAGACGAUCACAAUGGCUCGCAGUUCUGGACAGAGUGCGCGGUCAUGUGGAGCUGUGUGGCAACUGGUGCAGUUAAUGUGGAUGCUAACAACAUACCCAACUGGUUUAACGAUCAUCUGAACAACGAUGGCAAAACCGAUACGAAUCCCAACUGGCGCAACCAUAUACUCGACAAACUCAAGAAUCGGCAGCAGAGAUUGGCCAAGAUGCAACAGACGAGACACUUCGAGAAGGCCGUUGAGCUAAGCUCCUGGGUAAAGUCGGCUGAAGCUCGUUAUCAGCAUCCAGCUGGUGACUAUGAAGAUUGCCUGAUUGAGCUGGAGUGGGUGAGCGGCAGUAGCUGCAACAGCAGCUUGGAUAAGGAGUCAGACAAUGACAGUGACUCCGGUACCUUUAGCGUGCUCAGCCCCGAUGGUGCCUCCACCAAAAUACAGUUCACCCUUUCCGAUAUUACAUGCGUGCAGUGCUGCAGUGAACCUGGUGCUCCCCGCCUGGCUAUACACGCUCUCCACUUGCCUCUCGGCUCCAGUCCGGUUAAGCUGCAGUUUGACAGUGAUGCUGAAAUGGAGGAUUGGCUAUCGCAUUUGUCUUCCGUGUGCAGCCAAAUCAACAUGCUCAUGGGCAAGCCGGCCAGUAAUGCCAUCUGGGCCACCAGCGAACUGGGCGAUGUGUUUGUCUUCGAUGCAGCCAACAUGAAGGCGCAGCAGCUGGAGCGUUGCACCGACGGGCACGCUCAGUACGUGGAGCGCAUGGACUUGUCUACCUGCGAGACGCCCUACUACAACAAGCUCUACAAUGGCAUGCCUAUUGGCAGCGAGCUGGAGAUUAUGGGCUGUGUCUAUGAUGAUGCCGAUCAGAUACGUUUCGAUCUGCAGUGCCAUUCGAAUGUCAAGGCGCUGCCGCAUCGCGUGGAAAAGUAUCGCGUCAUUGCGCUGCAUUUAAAUCCGCGUUUUAACGAGCGAACCACUGUGCUCAACUCCAUGGUGGACUCGGAGUGGUUAGAGGAGCAACGCAAUGACCAAAUGGCCUUUGCACCAGGCGCCACGUUUACAGUCAAAAUCAGGGCGUUGACGCAGUAUUAUCAGAUUGAGAUAAACCACAAGCCAUAUGCAAAUUAUAAAUAUCGCGCUGACCCAGCGGCUGUUACCUGUUUGUAUGUGAGCGGACUGGUCAAGUUGUUCAAUGUCUCGUACCGUUCGCCCUCACUGAUUGUUUCCAUGCAACAGAUGCACUGGCGCCAAAUUGGCGGCCAUAUAAAGCGCAUCUACAACAGCGGCGUCGAUGUCGUUUGGGGCAUUGCCUGUGACAAUACGGCGUGGGCAUACAAUGGCGGCUGGGGUGGCAUGUUUCUCAAGGGCCUGGAGGGAUCCGGCAAGAUAAACCCCAUGACGGAUACGCACACCUACUACGUGUAUGAGAACCAGCGCUGGAAUCCUAUUAGCGGCUUUACGGCCAAGAGUUUGCCCACGGAUCGGCACAUGUGGAGUGAUGCGAGCGGACGGCAGAAACGCAGCAAGGAACAUACCAAAUUGCUAUCCACGCACUGCGAAUGGAUUUCAGACUGGGCCAUCGACUAUAACAUUCCCGGCGGCGCCGAUAAAGAAGGCUGGCAGUAUGCCAUUGACUUCCCAGCUACCUAUCAUGCUCGCAAGAAACUCACAGAUUGUGUGCGUCGUCGACGCUGGUUCAAGAAGUGUCGUCUCAGCAGCAGCGGACCCUGGCAGGAACUCAGUCACUCGAAGAUACUCGAUGCUGCGCUUCAAGUCUUGGAUGAUGAUGUGGACAGCGCUGUGAAUGUGGAUGACAUGCCUGUGGCAGCUUGGGCAAUUGCUUCUAAUGGUGAUGUGCUUGUUAGACAUGGCGUGUCCACGUUGAACCCACGCGGCGACACCUGGGAGCACAUUGUUAGCGAUCAGCCGCUUAUUGGCAUCAGUGUAACCCCCAGCGGACAGGUCUGGGCAGUAGCGCGUAACGGCAUGAUCUUCUUCCGCUAUGGCGUAAGCAAGCUCAAUUCCAGCGGAGACGCCUGGCAGCAGGUUGAAGCACCAGCGGGCGUCACCUUCAAGGCGAUAAGCGCUGGCCGCGCCGGCAUCUGGGCCUUGGAUAACCAACAGCGUUUGGCUGUACGCCGCGAGAUCUCACGCACCUUUCCGGAAGGCUCGCAUUGGCAAUUUCUACCCAAUGCUGCCAGUGUGGCGCCUCACACCGAUACCCACUGCGGAUUUCGUGCCGUAUCUGUGGGCAGCGAAGUCUGGGCUAUUUCCCUCAACGGCAUCAUUUGUCGUCGCUGCGGCAUUACUAACGAGAAUCCUGCUGGCGCUGGUUGGAACAUGGGCAUAGCGGGCCAAUGGCAAAAUGUAUCCGUAGAGGGUUACAUGUAAACAUUCCGCUUACAGUAUUUUUAUGUAAAACAUUAGCCAAGCCAUUUGUAUAUUGAGUUGACAGAGAGCCACGCUGCGGCAUGCCAAAGAGUCCUUUUCAUUUCAUAAUUAUUAAUAAUUAAUUUGAGUUGAUGCUAUCCAUUACAUUGUCAGCUAUUUAGUAUGUGAUGCUUUCAAAUACAAUAUACAU